AUGGGCCGCAAGCGCAAGACCGCCAAACUCGCACGCGAGAACGGUUUCAACGACAACGAGACUUUCGCCGAUGAUGCUGAGAGCCUCAAGCCUAUGACGGAUGGCGGCGAGGGCGCUUAUAGGGAUGCACUGGAGAUCUGGGCCGAGUCAGUCUCAUGA